UUGCUAUGGAAGAGAGGAGAGAAAUUGCUUUUUCUAUAUAAAAACCAAUCGUCUGUUUGCCAUUCAGUACCAGGCAUCGACUCUCUCCCUCUCUCUUCUCCCCAGCCUUCAUAUCAUAAACACACAUUAUACACGUCUGCUGCAAACCUCUCUCCUUCCUUCUUCUCCAGCUCAAUUUCCAUAAUUUCUUCUCAUCAUCUCAACACCAUGGACGCACCCUACUGCCUCUACUCUACUACCACCAGCGCCGCCGCCGCCACCACCAAAGCUUCCUCUAACGACGACGACUACUGCUACUCCCUCCAACUCCCCGCCGAUAUGGCGGCACUGCUUUCUAAUUACAAUCGGGUUGACAAUCAUCAGCUCAAUAUAAAUCACGACGACAGUAACAAUUACUACUACAACUACAGUUACGCCGAUGAUCCCUGUCACUUUUCCCCUCCCGGCACGGGCGCGAUUCCCUCGCCGCCGCCGCCGUCGUGGGAGGCGGCAAGUGGCGGGGGCGGCCAGGUCAUGUUUUGCCCGUCCGAAGGCGGUGGCCGGAGUGGGUCGUCCUCGGUGUCGGAUGCGGCAUCGGCGGCGGAGGAAGAGGGCGGUGGGAUGAUGAUGAUGAGGGCGAGAAUCGCUGCCCAUCCGCUCUACCCUAAGUUGCUUCAGGCUUACAUUGAUUGCCACAAGGUUGGAGCUCCAGCUGAGAUGUCCUCUAUUCUGGAUGAGAUGAUGAGGCAACAAAGCAGUAUCAUCAGUGCUGAUGUCUCCCAGCAGACCCAGAUAAUGUCGUCGUCUUCUACCUCUCGCUUGGGCGCAGAUCCGGAGCUUGACGACUUCAUGGAGAGUUACUACGAGGUAUUGGUGAAGUAUAAAUGGGAGAUGUGGAGGCCGUUUGACGAAGCCACGGCUUUCCUGACAGACAUUCAAUCUCAAUUUCAUGCUCUCUGCGGGCCUCCUCCAGCUUUCACUGCGCCACCACCACUACAUCCUCCAGAUCAGCAGAAGGUUGUAAUCAACAACAACGGUAACAUGAAUGCUGGUGGUGGUGGUGGCGGCGGCGGCUCGGGCUCUUCCGACGAGGACAUGAGCAGCGGAGAAGCUGAUCACUUGGGAUCGUCAUCAGCAGCUGGCCGCAACGACAGCCGCGGCCAGCGCCUGAUGAUAUCGGAAGAGGACCGGGAGCUGAAGGACAGGCUGAUGCACAAGUACGGCGGGUACUUGAGCAGCCUGAAGCAGGAGUUCUCCAAGAAGAAGAAGAAAGGGAAGCUCCCCAAAGAAGGCCGCCUCAUCCUUCUCAACUGGUGGAACCUGCACUACAAAUGGCCCUACCCCACGGUAGAAGCGGACAAGGUGGCGCUGGCGGAGUCGACGGGGCUGGACCAGAAGCAGAUAAACAACUGGUUCAUCAACCAGCGGAAGCGGCACUGGAAACCCACCGACAACAUGCAAUCCUCCGUCAUCGACUCCCUCUACUCCACUGAUCCUCCGUUCUUCAUCUCCGACUACCAUCAUUAACCAAAAAAAAAUCCUUGCUACUAAAACCACAGCCAGCCUCCUCUAUAAGUACGUACUUUUAACGUAACGAGGCGAGCAUGAGCAUUCACUAAUCCUCUCUCUACUUAUGUACCAUGUCACAUUUAUCCGAUUACAGUGGAUGAUGAUGAUUGAUGAUUAAAUUAACCCGCCAUCCUCGUUGUUUGUACGAUUUCGGACAGCUUUAAUUUGUGUCUUUCGCUAAAUAAUGAAGAGUACUAGUGAUUUGGUUCGUGCGCGCUUCGGAACGAGUAGUACGUAACUUCUUUUUUUUCCCCUUCCAUAUGUUGCACAAUAUUGACAACGGCUUGGCGAGCUCAUUGUUAUGUGAAAAAAAGUUUACGAUUCUUGCUUUCGGUGUUAUAUUUGUCUUAUCUAUGAUUUUCAUAUAAUGUA